AUGACUUAUAACUAUAGUGGUCCUUUUACCAUUGACUACGAUAUCAUCAUGGCCGAUAAGAGUUACAAUGGGACCGUGACUCCCAAGCCUGUGUUACCCAAAGAAUUGGAACAAUUGAGAAAUGUGGGGGUUACUCCGUUACAAACCCGUGUGGCCUCACCAUGUACAUUAAAUCCGCCUAUUGAUAGCGAUGGAUUAUCAUGGCCAAGUUUAGGGGCCAGAAGUCGGAUUGAACAGACGCCGGAAGAGGCCAAAGGACGAGAGGAACGUAUAGCCGCGGCCGUGAAGACGAUUUUGACCGAAUUGGGUGAAGAUGUCGACAGAGAGGGAUUAUUGGAAACACCAGAAAGAUAUGCUCGAGCCAUGUUGUAUUUUACCAAGGGUUAUGAAGACAAUAUUCGUGAUGUUAUUAAGAGAGCUGUGUUUGAAGAGAACCACGAUGAGAUGGUUAUAGUUCGAGAUAUUGAGAUCUACUCGUUGUGUGAACAUCAUUUGGUGCCAUUUUUUGGGAAGGCUCACAUUGCUUAUAUCCCUAACAAGCGAGUACUUGGAUUAAGUAAAUUGGCAAGAUUAGCGGAGAUGUAUGCCCGAAGAUUCCAAGUUCAAGAACGAUUAACUAAACAGAUAGCCAUGGCAUUAAGCGAGAUCUUGAAACCCAGAGGUGUGGCUGUUGUCAUUGAAGCGGCUCAUAUGUGUAUGGUCAGUAGAGGAGUACAGAAGACUGGAUCUUCUACUACCACUAGUUGCAUGUUGGGAUGUUUCCGUGAUCAGCAAAAGACCAGAGAGGAGUUUUUGACGUUACUUGGAAGAAGAUAG